UCUUGGAUCAGAGGAGGGUUUUAAACUGGGGGGAAAAAGUCAACGAAAAACAACCAUUAAACAUCUGCAAACCUCUCCGUCUGGGACGGCGGCCGAAAUGACUCGCGUUUUAAAGUCAUGACAUUUGGUUUUAAGUACUUUUAGGAGACUUGAAGAGAAUUAAAGAGCAGUGCAAGAGCAAACAAACAUUGGGGUCAGGGAGCUGUGAAAGUUGUUUUGUUGAUCUAACACUUUUACCUGUCGGAUAUGACAUCAACUAAUUCAGUAAUUGGUCUGACACUUGUAGCAGUUUGUGAUUGAGCAGUCAGCCAUAGAGGCCCAAGACGACAUAUUUGCACAUAUGCCUGAGUCCUCUUCACUAGCCAUGGCCACAUCAGCUGGAUCUCUUUCUAACAGCACUGCAGUGGUGUCAAAGGCCAACAACAAGCGACAAGCCACCUCAGACUUCGAGGAUGAUGAGGGAAGCAAAUUGUUCAGGUGUGAUGAUGACUCAGGCGGGGCAAAUGACAAAGAGAGAUUUGCCAGGGAGAAUCACAGCGAGAUUGAGCGGAGGCGGAGAAAUAAGAUGACAGCUUACAUCACAGAGCUGUCAGAUAUGGUACCCACCUGCAGCGCAUUGGCACGGAAACCAGACAAGCUGACCAUCUUGCGCAUGGCUGUAACUCACAUGAAAUCGCUCAGAGGGAGCGGCAACACCAGCACGGAUGGAACAUACAAACCAUCCUUCCUUACAGACCAGGAGCUGAAGCAUCUGAUUCUUGAGGCUGCUGAUGGCUUCCUGUUCGUUGUGUCAUGCGAGACCGGCCGUGUCGUUUAUGUGUCGGACUCUGUCACACCAGUUCUGAACCAGGCCCAAUCUGAUUGGCUUGGGUCCUCGCUGUAUGACCAGCUUCAUCCAGAUGACGCAGAGAAACUCAGAGAGCAGCUCUCCACCAGUGAAAACAACAACGCUGGUCGGAUGUUAGACCUAAAAACAGGCACAGUGAAGAAAGAGGGAGGUCAGUCGUCUGUGAGGAUGGGUAUGGGUGCACGGCGCUCCUUCAUCUGCAGGAUGAGGUGUGGAGCUUGUCCAGUAGAACCAGUGUCGAUGAACAGACUCAACUUCCUGAGAAGCAGAAACAGGAAUGGUUUGGGCCCUUCCAAGGACGGUGAACCGCAAUAUGUGGUGGUACACUGCACAGGCUACAUCAAAUCCUGGCCUCCUGCAGGAGUGACUCUUUCUGAAGAGGAGGUUGAUAACAGUCAAGGAAAUCGUUUCUGUCUAGUCGCCAUUGGACGGCUACAGGUAACCUGUUGUCCCAGCGACACCAACAUAAAUAACAUCAGCGUUCCAGUGGAAUUUCUUUCCCGCCAUAACUGUCAUGGUGUCUACACCUUUGUGGAUCACCGCUGCGUAGCGACAGUGGGCUACCAACCUCAGGAGUUACUGGGGAAGAACGUUCUAGAUUUUGCACACCCAGAGGACCAGGGCUUACUAAGAGACAGCCUUCAGCAGGUGGUGAAACUGCGAGGGCAGGUUCUAUCGGUGAUGUUCCGGUUCCGCUCUAAAUCCCGAGAGUGGAUCUGCAUGAGAACAAGCUCUUUCACCUUUCAGAACCCUUUCUCAGAGGAGAUCGAAUACAUUAUCUGCACCAAUGCCAAUGUCAAUAGAGCUCCAAAUCAGGACUCCCUGUCCCCCCUCUCUUCCCCUGGGGUGGCACUGCCCCUUUCCCUGGGGCAAAGCAGUCCUAACUGCAUCUCCACACCCAGCCCAGGUCAAAUGACAGCCAGGCAGUUGCAGCAGCAGCAAGCAGAGUUAGAGGGAGGGAUGAGUAGAGAUGCAGUGUAUGAAACAAAUCAGGUGGCUCUUCCUCAGGUUCCAGUGCAGACUGUGGGUGUGGUCAACACUGAUCACAAUUCUAAGGUUCUGUCCACCACUGCGUCCAGUGCACAGCAGGUUUACCCUUCUGCAGCAUCUUUCCCCAGUACUGCAUGCCCCAGUGAACUCUUUAGGUCAGCUGGAAUGGCUCAGCAGAUGGUGUCUGCCCCUCAUUCAGCAGGUCAGAUGCUGGCACAGAUGUCACGUCAGAGCACACCCUCUGCAGCUGCUAUCAGCAACAACAGCCCCGUUCAGGCCCAGGCAGGAGCCACAGCACCACCUGGAGUCUGGACUGCAGCAAGACCUCCCUUCAACACACAGGUGGCAGGUCAAGUAGCGAAGAAUCAGUCACCUCAAUUUAACAUGGGAGGUUUUAGCUCCACCCCAACAUCCUCCACUUCCUCUUCCUUUGGCCAGAUGGGCGGAGCUGCUGCUUCAAUGGCAAACACAUCGAGUUACCCACAACUCAACAGUUGCACUAACCCCUCGGCUAACGGCUACAGUGAUGUUGCUCAGAUGGGAGCGCAGUUCACCUCCCGGCCAGCAGAGGGAGUGUCAGGGUGGCAGCAGUGGCAAAAUCAACCACACACACAAGGCACUGCAGACACACACCCACAGUCUCAGAACAACCAGCCGGAGAUAUUCUCAGAAGUUCUCUCCAUGUUGGAUCAGUCCGGAAGCUUUGGCAACGAAGACUUCGGAGAGAUGCCCAUGUUUCCUCCAUUCCCUGAGUGAUCCUGCUUCCUUUGUAACUUUCUUUACUCCCUGUUCUCACUCUCCAUUUCUUUCUGUUUUAACCAAAUUAAUGGCAGUGUUGAAGUAUAGAGGGAUCUACCGAAAGAGACAAGAAUGGAUGGACAGUGCACUUCUUACAAGCCAUGCUGCGAGGACACAAGAGGGAGACAUGAAAACAGUGUAGUGCACAGACAUCAAAAACCCCUGUGCUUUGAACAGGGAUGAAAAUGUGUUCACUUUAAAAUCACGCACAAUUGCACACUUUGAGCACAAACAGUCCCACACUGUGUCUCUGCCAUACACACACACUUUUUAUUUUUGAGUAGGUGAUAAGGAUUGCUUGUUCAUUUUUGUCCACUCACACACACAAAGACAGUCUUGUCUGUCUGUAUUAUUGUGUAGUAAUUGCACUGCGAUUUGACAUUUUGAUCACGUUAAAAUCUAAGAGAGAAUUUGAUUCAGCCCCUAGUAUGUGGCAGCUGUGAUCUGGAGUGUCAUGGCUGUCUCAGACAUUUGCCCUGAAUGUAAGUUCAAGAGCUCUACAUGUAUCUUUUUUUGUUUAAAAUCAGAAGUUGUGGCAUGUUUUUCUUUUCUUUUUUUAUGGCUUCAAUAAGGGUUGGUGAAAAUUCAGAAUUUAAGUAUUGAAUAAGAAAUAAAUCAGACAGAAUUUGAAUUGAAUUGGCCAUGCCCUACAGGAUACUGAAUUGCAAUUCUAAGAAAUUCAACAAGCGCACAACAGAGAAAGUUCAUUAGUCCAAUACAAUUUUGCCAUAUAGUACCACAAAAUGUGCACCAUAUAUUUUUGGGAUAAAUGAUCUGUUCAGUCAUGAAACUCUAUACAUGGCCCAAGCUGAUUUGUCCUUUGACAGGCAAACUUUUAGCCAGUCAACUUGCAUACUCUCUCGUUGUCUAACAUUUAAAUGGCCUCAGUUGUUUGCAGGUAAGGCGGUUUCACUGCCGCGUGCUAUGAGAAUUUUCUCUUUGAAACCCUCCUCCCCAGCACCACCUGUCUAGAUCUGCUUCAAAGAAUUGUAUGUAUAUCUAAUUGUGCAGCAGCAGUGAAGCAGAUCUAGUCCCUCAAGACCAGACCUAACCUAACUUGUCAAAACCUUAAAUUUUUCCAGAGAGUUGUCAUGACUGAACUUUAUCGAAACAAAUAUUGACAUCUUUGACCUUGGGGUAAUAAAAGCGUUCUGUGGAAUGUAGUGUAUGCAAUGAAAGUUUUAAUUGUUAUUCUGCUUCCUAAAAUUCGGAAUACAAUUUUGCAUCUUGUUUGCUACUUCAGUUCAAAUUCAGGAAUUGAAUUGAAUUCUGAAUGGUGCACAACCCUGGCUUCUGUUGGUGCAGUACAAUACAUAACCUGCAGUAGUAGUUCUGGACUGCUGUCGAUUCUUCUGAUAUGUUUCUCUUGUCAGUUGUGCAGCUGUAAUAUAUAAAGUUUAAACUUUAAAUGGACAGGCAAUUACCUGUAAACACAUCUCUUCCUGUGUCCAUGUCUUCAAGCACACGUUUCGCCUGUGCUGAUGUCAUGGUUUCACUCCGGCAUGUUUUUUGUAAACACAAUGGAAAAGAUUGUAAAUCAAGUAAUAAUGUGCAGGAUUUGUGUACUUCAAAGCCAUUUCAUUGGUAGACUAAGUAUUAUCAUAAAAUGUUGUUUAAAUAUAAAGUGGAAAAGAAGAAACCUAUAAGCAUAAUCUGUACAGUCAGUGUUUUGCUUCUGGAUUCAAUCUCUCCAAAUUAAUUAAUGUGCAGUCGUCAUUCUUAAUUGGCCUUGUACAGAGAAUAUUCCAGAAUUUCUCAUAAUUCUUCAGUCAAAUCCAUAGGUUAAGGAAUAUUGACAGGUUUAAUGAUUGAAUUGUUAAUUUUAUUUAGAUGAAAAACUUAAUUAAAUGUGUUUUAUGUUUGCUUUUGAAGGUGGGUGUAUCUGUCUUCUCUCUUAAAUACUAAUUCAUGUAUAUUAAAAUUAGUAAACCCAUGUGUCAAUAGCAGAUUUUUCCCUGAUAUGAAAUGGCCAAUGAUCUGGUGCAUUGAAUUGUUUUUGUUUUUUGUUUGUUUUUCACUAUCUUGUUCACCAUCUUGUUUUACAGUGAUGUGAACUGCAGUUUAUGUAGUAGUACACAUAGAAACAGAAAUAUAUGAGCAUAUAUGUAUAUGAAAUAUUCAACAUGAAAGAGAACUGUUUUUGCUUUUGUAUUAAAUUGCUAUAUUGUAAAAAAAAAAAAAAAAAGGUUUGUUGGGGCAUUCAUUUUAAAUCUUUGGUUACCGUUUGGUAGGGAUGUAAUUGUAGGAGAUUUUCAUAGUAUUAUAACAGUCACCAAAAAUACCAUGGUAUUACUGUAUCACGUUGCAUUGCUAAUAAUAUUACCAGUUUAAUAAAAAGUUA